AUGGUUGAACAAUACAAUUUACAACGUCAAUUGGACCAAGUACAAGCUCAACAGAAGCAAAUCUUAGAACAACAGCAACAGCAACAGCAGCAGCAACAAUAUCAGUACCCACCCCAGUCUUCCUCCUCCGUGUAUGGAGAUUCACUGUACUUGUCACCCGGUUAUCAUCACGGCUCCCACUCAAGAAAUGCAUCUAUAAAUGCCCAUAAAAGAACAGGGUCAACUGGAGGCACCGCCCAUGGCCACACCAGAAGACACUCACUUGCAUUGAACGAAGCAAUUGCUGCUGCAGACCAACAACGAACUAGACAAAGCUCAAGUCCCAAGGCCAGCCCCGCGCACGAUUCGGCCGGCGACGAUGGCGCCGCCGGCGGCAGCAAGACCAAUUCUUCUUCGUCUUCUUCUUCCUCUUUUAAAUUCCCACUGAAUCCCGAUAAUGAUUCAAAUUAUCCAUCAUUGUCGUCAUCGCAUAGUCGUACCAGGUCGCUGCAGUUUGGCCAACCUUUUAAAUUUCCACUACCACCACCAUCAUCGCAACAACAGCAACCAACACAACAAUCCGGGGCAGGCGAUCAAGGUAAUAAUAGCUUGCUCCCUCCAACACCCAAUUUCAGCGUCACUCAAUCUCCCGAUCGCGGCGGAGGAGGCCACAAUAGAAGAGGAUCGCAUUUCCGAACAUUGUCGAGAAACACCGAGGGCAUGAACCAAAACUGGAGAUCUCAGCAACAACCACCACAGUCAUUGCCUCCUCAGCACCACAGACAAGGUUCCACUUUAGAACCACCAACCUCUGCGUUUGUUCCAGGUCACAGAGCACGCAAUAGUUCCUUUGGUGGCGGCUCGUCCAUAUCGUCGUUGUCGCAAUUUUCAACAAACAAUGGUUCUGGCCAAGGAGGGGGCCAAGGAGGAGGCCAGCCCGGUGGUGGCAAUAAUGGCAGAAAAUCGCUUUUUGCUCCCUAUUUGCCCCAGUCUUCGCUCCCGGAAUUGAUAAAUGAAGGUAGAUUGGUGACUGGCACCUUGAGAGUUAACAAGAAAAACAGAUCAGACGCCUAUGUCUCGACCGACGGCUUGCUCGACGCCGAUAUAUUCAUUUGCGGUUCCAAGGAUCGUAAUAGAGCAUUGGAGGGCGACUUGGUUGCCGUGGAAUUGUUGAUUGUUGACGAAGUUUGGGAAUCCAAGAAGGAAAAGGAGGAGAAAAAGAGGAGAAAAGACCACAAUACGAGGCCCUUAAACGACGAUAUCCACAAUGACGCAACUUCUGCACCUGCACCCGCGCCUACACCGGCAUCGGCAUCGGUAUCAGCAUCUGCAUCAGCAUCUGCCACCACCACUGACGGCAAGGAUGAUAAAGACGAAGAGGCGGGACUUGGUAGAAGAGGUUCCCUUAAGCAGAGACCAACCAUGAAGAAGAAUGACGAUGUCGAAGUAGAAGGCCAAUCGUUGCUCUUGGUUGAAGAAGAAGAGAUCAAUGACGAAAUCAAACCGCUCUAUGCUGGGCACGUUGUUGCAGUUGUCGAUCGUAUUCCAGGCCAAUUGUUUGCGGGCACUUUGGGGUUGUUGAGACCGGCUCAAGCAGCACAAGCGGCAAGGGACAAGAAAUCCGGCAACGAGUCCUCUGUGAACACGCCAAAAGCACCGAAAAUCGUUUGGUUCAAGCCCACGGAUAAAAAGGUUCCUUUAAUCGCCAUCCCAACCGAGCAAGCACCCAAGGACUUUGUGGAGAACCACGAAAAAUACGGCGACCAAUUAUUCGUGGCUUCAAUCAAGAGGUGGCCAAUCACGUCUUUGCACCCGUUCGGUACUUUGGUGUCGAAGUUGGGCACCGUUGAUAGUCCUGAAACCGAGGUGGACUCUAUCUUGAGAGACAACAACUUUUUAUGUGACGAGUACUUGGACGAAGAUGAAGCUGGAGAUGGAGAUAAAGAUGAAGACGAAGAUGGACAUGGACAUGGACAUGGACGUGGAGAUAAAGAAGACGUUGGCGGUGGUGGUGGUGCUAGUGUUGAGAACCACUACGACUUGCCAUCGGCCGAACCCGAGUUGGCCAAUAAAAACAGGGUCGAGUACGCCAACGACUACAUUAUUGCGUUUUCCCAGAAUGGCGAGUUUGUCGACCAUGCCUUGCAUGUAAAGAGAAUCUCCAACACCAAGAUUGAGCUUGGUUUCCAUGUGGCUGAUAUCUCCUACUUUGUUGAGCGAGGCUCCACGUUGGAACGCAAGGUCAAGAAAAGAUCAUCUUCUGUUUUCCUUCCGCAAAAGAUUGUCCACCUCUACCCCAAACUGGCCAACAAGUUGAUCUCGUUCAAAGAAAACGAGAGAAACCUUGCAUUAUCAGUGGUUUUUGAAAUUGACACCACAAACUUUGAAGUUGAAGAUUUGUUUAUCCAUGAAUCGAUUAUCACUCCAAAGCAAGUUGUCAAAUACAGCGCCGUGAAUCGAAUUUUGGAAAACGAUCCCGAUGAGUCGAUAUCAUCUGCCACUUCCGAUUACAUUAAAACUUUCAGCUUGAUUGCAAAAGAGUUUCGCCGUCACCGGUUGUCAAACAAGGACUUGGGCAUCACACCCAACUUGACUUUAUUGAACCAGUUGGAUGACGAAAAAGUCUCGUUGAGCUUGAAUAUCUUUGAUGACAACUUGGCAAACGACGUUGUCAACGAGGUUGCACUCAAGGUCAACUCAGCCAUUGCAGCAAAGAUACACGUUGGCUUGGGAAACAAGGCCUUUUUGCGUCGCCAAGCAAUUCCAACUUUGCAAAAAAUGGAGACAUUUUCGAGAAAGGCAACAAGCUUGGGCGUUAAGAUUGACUCCACCAACUCGGCCACGUUGCAAAACACCUUGCUUGCCAUUGAGGACCCCGUCAAGAGGCAGUGCAUUGAGAUUUUAUUAUACAAGUGCAUGUCGAGAGGCAAAUACUACGUUGCCGGUAAACAGGAUCCCGACAGUUAUGCCCAUUUUUACUUGAAUCUUCCGUUGUAUACUCAUUUCACGGCACCCUUGAGACGUUAUGCCGACUUGAUUGUGCACAGACAGUUAAAGACGGUUUUGGCAAAAGGGACUGAAGAAAAAGACUUGGAUGCAUUAAAAGCCGCUGCCGAUGCUUGUAACUUCAAAAAGGACUGUGCUGCAAAUGCUCAAGAGCAAGCCAUCCAUUUGUUAUUGUCCCAAACAAUUAACGAGAUUAGCGAAAGCGCGGGCCAAGUCUUGUGCAUGGGAACGGUGCUCCAAGUUUACGAGUCCUCGUUUGACGUGUUUAUCCCCGAGUUUGGUGUUGAGAAGAGGGUCCACGGAGACCAGCUACCAUUGGCCAAGGCCGAGUUUGACAAGAGCAAGAGAAUCCUCGAGCUCUUUUGGGAAAAGGGUAUCGACUCGGCAACCUAUAUCCCGCCCGAUGAAAAAUCAUCGCUUUCGUACAGAAACUCGAUCAAGAACAAAUACCGGACAUCUGCUGCCGAGGCAGCCAAGAUCCAGAGCAAGACGAUUUUGGAGAAGGACAACUUCACCACCGACUCCAUUGUUGAAAAAUUGAACAAGAUGAAUUUGGAGCCGCCAAAAUUGAAGCUCCCGAUUCCUCAGCAAUACAACAACAACAGCAACAACAAGAGCGAUGCCACCGGGAUGAAGGAGAGAAAAGACCACACCAAGCUGAUGCCCGCAUCGCCUAUCCAUUCGCAUAAUAACCUUCCUCAAAACGCAAGGACCAAUUCCUCCUCCGUCAUUUCCGAAUCCAACGAAAACUCGUACUCUACCGGAUUGGCUCCAUAUUUACAAGGCAUCGAGACACGAGUCGAGGGCCAGAACUACAUUCAAGUCAUUAAGGAAUUGAGCCAAGUUCCUGUCUUGCUAAGAGCCGAGAUCGGGAUGACGUUGCCAUGCUUGACCGUGCGUGUCUUGAACCCGUUUAUGUAG